AACUAGGUUGGUGGAAACUUUCAGCAAAUGUUGCCAUCUGUGUGAUGCCAUUUGCAGCUUAUUUGAUAUCCAUUUGAUUCUUAAACUAACAAAAUCUUCAUUGAAAAUUGAAUUGCAAUUUAACAAUGCAAUCACCAUGAAAAGUUGUUCAAUGAAGAAUAAUGAAAAUAAUUUGUGUAAAGAUUAGCAUUGAUGGGAAAAACAUGAAUACUAAUGAAGUAAGGUCAGGACAAGAAAGACAAGGGGAAAGUAAUGAUUGGAAUAUGGCACAUGAGAGUUUACAUGAUUACAAAAGAUGUAAACAAGGUGAAAUGAGCAUUAAAAGUAUGUGUAUUUCAAUUGAACGUCCUUUCGUUUUCCAUCACAACUUGUGUUUCAUCCUUUUCCUUCAGAAUUUUCCUCUGGAGAAGAUGAAAGUCCAAAUAUCCGGUGAUUCUUUAGCUGUAAACACCAAAAAGAGCAAAAAUUAUGAGACAUAUGAAAUGAAAAGAAAUCACAAUUGAUAUUUAAAAAUGAAAGAGUAGUAUCUCAGCUCUUAAGGAAAAACUUACCUUUUGUUUCAUCUGGUAAUCUCAGUUUUCGGUUUCUUGAAUCUCUCACCUUACUUCCCUCCUCAUUCUCACUUGAAUCGCUAUUAUCAUCGUUUCAAUCAUAGUCUCACUCGGGAUUAGUAUAAAUAAAGACUAAUCUGUUUAAACUGGUUAGCUUGUUUAAUUGUUACAAACUGCUGUCCCAUCUAGGUUAAAUCUUCGACGAAAUGGUCUAUCAACUCUUGCUGGCAAUUCCAUUGCUCUUUUCAUUUGCUGCUUCAACUAUUACAGAGCCUUCAGACUGUAAGAACUGUCCUGAAUUAAAAUUCACGUAUCAUUAUGCUGCUCGUGGAUGUAAUCCUGUUUCAAGGGUUGGAUGUCCUAAUUGUAUAGAGCGAUAUGAAUGUAACUCCAUUCAGAAAGAAGCAAAUAAGUGCUAUUAUGCUGGAGAAAGUUAUGACAUUGAUAAAGACAUCAAAUUUCCUGACCCUUGUAAUCGAUGUCGGUGUUAUGGAUCGAUAACAGACAAAAUGUUAAAAGCUAAAAUAUCUUGCGCUCUUGUUGAAUGUCCUGGGACAUUUAGUUCACCUAAUACUGAUAUAAACAAUCAGACAUGCUAUUACUCAUUCAAACCCGGCCAGUGUUGUGGAGAAAAACGUUGUCCUGAUCAAAAGCCUAUGGUUACUUGCUCCUAUGAGGGUAACACUUACAUGGAGGGCCAAAAAAUUGAAUUACCAGAUUGUUACACAUGUUCUUGUACAUCCGACUUCAAUCCAAUGAACGUUAAAAAUAAUCCAGCCUGUUACAAACAUACGUGCUACUUUGAUACCAAAAUGUUGGACGCCGGUUGUUUACCAGUUUACACUAAAUCAGGUUGUUGUUAUACACAAUACCACUGUCCCUCACCGAAUCUUGAAAGGCGACGAAACCACUGUAGACAAACACAUUAUUAUGGAUACUGUCAGCAAAACCUAACCUACUAUCAUUUUGAUACAAAAACCAACCAAUGUCUUCCCUUCACUUUUUCUGGCUGUGGUGGGACAGUAAAUACUUUUGCUACCCUGAAAGCGUGUACAGAUUACUGUACAGCUCCUGAUCCGAUUCGACCUGCACCAAUUCCCGGCAAAUGUUAUUUUGACGGUGUCAAUUAUGACAUUGGAAGUAAACUUGUCACAAAAGGAACUUACAAUUGUAUAUGUUCAAUACCACCAGAUUUUACUUGUGUAUUGAAGGAUUGAACAAAAAAAUUGAUCAAGUUUUAAAUCCCUUAAAAAUUAAUUUUCAAUCCUUAACGCUAAAAUCAAUAUCAGAAUCACUAGAAAAUAAAAUAAAAUAGAAUGAAA